UCGAUGGUAACUUUUCUGAGUGGAGCAACUGGACAAGAUGCUCUGUAUCAUGUGGCAAUGGUAUGCAAAAACGUAACCGUAGCUGUUCUAAACCAACACCAGCAUAUGGUGGUAACAAUUGCACUGGCAAUCAUACUGAGAUACGUUACUGCACCCAACUGGAUUGCCCUGUCGAUGGUAACUUUUCUGAGUGGAGCAACUGGACAAGAUGCUCUGUAUCGUGUGGCAAUGGUACACAAGAACGUAACCGUAGCUGUUCUAAACCAACACCGGCAUAUGGUGGUAACAAUUGCACUGGCAAUCAUUCUGAGAUACGUUACUGCACCCAACCGCAUUGCCCUG